CGCAGUCCUUUAGUUGCUACUGCUGUAUCAGUGUUGGCAGGCAGUACACCAUAGCUACAGUGAAGUGUCAAUCAAACUGGUGGUGCUGUCUGGACAUGCCACCUUCUUGGGAAUCUCUGGAUGAACACUGGAAGCAGCGUGCUCAGUAUGAAGUCAAGGAAGAUCCAACCAAGAUAGAAGCCAACAUUUGUGCUCUGAGGGCACUUGUGCGAGGAGAAAAAGGGUUAUAUUCAAGGACUGAUGACACUUUCCUCUUAACUUUCUUAAGAGCAAGGAAACACAAUGUGAAUGAAGCCUUCAAAAUGCUGGAAAACUUCUAUGAAAUGAAGGAGUCUUUUCCAGAACACCUUGAACCUUACCUUCCAUCAGAGAAAAGUAACAUUUAUGAUAUAGAAGCAAUGACUGUUUUAGAACAAAAAGAUGAUGAUGAAAGAGCUGUAGUCAUCAUAAGAGUGGAAAACACAGAUUUCAGAAAAGUUACAGUAGAAGAGUGUUUUCAGCUAAUAACAACAGUGAUUUUAUUUUGUUGUGAAGAUCAAUAUGUUCAAAUUUCUGGUAUAACUGUCAUUGUGGAUCUAAAAGGAUUUGGAUUUCAACACGCAAUUCAUGCAACACCAAAAACAUUGUCUUUAUUUAUUAAAAUGUUUCAGGGUAGUUUUCCACUAAGGCUUAAAAGUAUUCAUAUUGUAAACCAUCCAAAACUUUUUGCACCUUUUUUUGCAUUGGCAAAGCAGUUUAUGAAAGAAAAGAUGAGGAGAAGGAUUCACUUUCAUGGUGCUGACAUGUCUUCACUGCACACACACAUACCUUAUGAAAUUUUACCACAACAACUGGGAGGAAUGCUUCCAAAUUUCAAUUUCACUAGUUUCAGAAAUAAACUUCACCAACAUGAAGAUAAGAUUGCAGCAUGGCGCAAGUAUGGAAAUGGCAAGAAACCUCAAGAAGAUAUACAAAAUUGAACUUUUAAAUGAAUUAGGAUUUUAUGUAUACUGCAAGAAAAAAUAUGUUCAUAUAUACAACAGUAACAAAGC